AUGGCCGGAUAUGUUUUGAGAGUGAAAACGAAAUCGGGCCAGAAGGUCGUGAACGGACUGCUGCCGCAAGAUAAGCUAGGCAAAUUGCGAUCGAAACUAGUUGAAAUAACAGGAAUACCAGCUGAAGCGCUUCACGUCCUCGGUGGUUUCCCACCGAGUCCGAUCAAUCUGAACGACGAGACCAGCUCUCUCGAGGCUUGUGGCAUCAUCUCGGGCGACACACUCAUCGUCGAGGAAAAACCACCACUUUACAAUGGGAAACAACAGUCCGAUCAGGAUAUCGGACGAUCUCAUAUUAUCGACCAGAGAGAUUUCACAAAUACGCCUGGACGGCCAAACCCUGAAUACUGUAAAUGGAUCUUAAAACCAGAAUCGUGGGGCGGAGCAAUAGAACUGUCGAUAUUAUCUAAAUUCUACGGAUUAGAAAUAGCAGUGAUAGACAGUAUUAACGCUAUAAUUAAUAGAUUCGGAGAAGAUCAACAUUAUGCUCAAAGAGUCUUUCUAAUAUUUGAUGGAAUACAUUAUGAUCCUCUGUAUUUGGAACCACUGGAUUUGAUAUUUAGUUCCACCUUCCUUGAUUCUUUGAGUUCUCAAUAUUUCUGUGCACACGUUCAGGGUGGCAAUAUUCAAACAAUGUUCCCUGCUGAAGAUGAGAAGAUAUUAUUCGAAGCGGCUGAACUAGCGAAAGAAGUAAAAUCUAGUCGUCAAUUCACGGACAUUCAAAAGUUUAUGUUAAUGUGCAAUGAUUGUAAGAUCAAACUAAAUGGUCAAAUGGAAGCUCGGCAACACGCCAAGGAGACAGGUCACAUGAACUUCGGCGAGGUAGCAGUGUAG